AUGCCCGACUACGCCUUCGCGUGCGUCGACGCGACCGGCGCCAAUCGUAAGUUCACCGUUUCCUUCCCGUACGACGCGUACGACGCCCAGAUCGUCUUCAUCGAGCGCGCGCUCGAGGCGAUGUGUCGAAAACAGUCCGCUUUGCUCGAGUCACCCACGGGCACGGGGAAGACGCUGUGCCUCCUGUCCGCCGCGCUGGCGUACGCGCGGAACGAGGGACGUGCGAAGAAACGUCGGGCGAGAGCGCGGGAGAAGGCGUCGACGAGCGAGACGGUGACGGAGGAAUUCGUGGACGCGGAGGUGCGGCGGGAGCGCGAGCGCGCGCCGACGAUUGUGUACGCGACGCGAACGCAUUCGCAGGUGCGACAGGUGCUCGGUGAGUUGAAAGUUUUAGAUAGUAACACGAGGGCGACGACGCUGGCGAGUCGAAAGCACGCGUGCGCGAGGGAGGACGUGAGAGCUCUGGUCGGCGACGCGCAGAAUAAUAGGUGCUCGAAAUUGGUGGCGGAGCGCAAGUGCGGGGCGAAGAACGUCCUGGACAUGUCGCUUAAUAGGAAAGGAAUCGGUGAGAAGUUCGAUGUGUUCGAGGGUGGGGUGCGAGACAUCGAGGAUUUGGUGAUCGCGGCGCAAAAGUCGCGCGGUCCGUGUCCGUUUUAUCUGUCAAGGACCAAGUGCGCCGAUGCGGAGAUAAUUUUCAUGCCGUAUAAUUACUUGCUCAACGAUACCGUGCGACGAGGGCUCGAUAUCGUGUGGGAAGAUGCAGUGGUGAUCGUAGAUGAGGCGCAUAAUCUUGAGUCGAGCGCAGCGGAUAGCAUGAGUUACUCGCUCACGGCGGCGAAGUUGGCCAAGGCGAUUCAGGAGACAAACUCUGCGUGGGAGACCAAGUUGACUGUCGACGACAACGACGAGGAAGGGGUGCUCCGUGACGAUCAAAAAGAACUAUUUAAGAGAGGUAUGGGUGAGGAGGCGAGCGCUUUCGGCUCGAAUGACGUGCUCGAGCUCGGACGAACUCUGCUGCAACUCGAGGAGGUCCUGGACGGCGUGUGUCGAGAAGCCUCGACAAAGAGCGGAAAAUCGGGAACCUUGGGCGAGUGCGUCGAGGACGGAGCGUUCAUUUAUAACCUCUUAGAGCGGGUUGGGAUCACGCAGUUCACGUAUCAGCGCGCCGUCACCAUUAUGAAGGGGGCGGCAAAGAUGGUGCAACUCGGCAGCGAUUUCAUGGAGGCCGCCACCGGGACGCACAAGGAGACCCCUCUCACAGAGAUCGCAAACUUCAUCGAACGGCUCUUCACGAAGCGCGCAGAUCAAUACUUCGUCACGCGUGUCGGUCCGGAUACCGAUAAUUUCAAGACAAGCCAGCGUCAGCGUCAGGGACCGACGCUGUCGUACUGGUGCUUCUUCCCAGGAUUGUGCCUCAAGGAACUCAUCGAGAAAAACGUUGGGUCUUUUUUACUCGCCUCAGGCACGCUCUCGCCGAUGGAAUCAUUCUCGAGCGAGCUCGCGAUGGAGUUUCCCGUUCGUUUGGAGAAUCCGCACGUGAUACAGAGGAAUCAGAUAUGGGGCGGUGUCCUCACGCACGGCCCAGGCGGAAACGUGCUGAACAGUUCAUUUAGGUUCAGAGACACCGACAAUUACAAGAAGGAAAUAGGUAGCGUGAUUUUGAGUACGGCGAAGAUCGUACCGGACGGAUUAUUGGUAUUCUUUCCUUCCUACGGCGUGAUGAACUCGUGCAUUGACCACUGGAGGUUUGUUGAGGGUGGUUUGUGGGCUGGAAUUGAGGCGAGUAAAACGUGCUUCAUCGAGCCCUCGAACUCAGAGGAGUUCCAAGAGUGCUACAAGCGUUAUAACGAAGCGCUGAACGAUGGUACAAGGCGAGGAGCAAUUUUCUUUGCGGUGUGUAGAGGUAAAGUGAGUGAAGGUAUCGAUUUCGCAGAUAAGGCAUGUCGAGGUGUGAUUCUCACCGGCAUCCCGUACGCCGGAGCGAAGGAUCCGCUCGUGAUGCAUAAACGAUCGUUUCUGGACAAACGUCGCGCCAAUGAUGGAGAAUCGUAUUCUGGGAACGAGUGGUACUCUCAAACGGCGAUGCGUGCGGUGAACCAGGCUCUGGGGCGUGCGAUUCGUCACAAGAAUGAUUUCGGCGCUGUAAUUCUUGCUGAUGAACGUUUCGCGAACGAAAACGCGCGAAAUCAGCUCUCACUCUGGCUUCGACCCUCGAUUCAAGUGCACUCAGUCUUCAAUAGUGUCGUGAGCGGAUUGCGUGACUUUUUCCAAUCGAACGUCGGGUCGGUGGCGAGCGCGAAACCGGCGCCUGCCAAGUUUGUCGACAUUGCCGUGGUAAAGGCCAAGGCCAAGGCAGAUACGAUGGCGCGCAAAGAAAAGUCCAAGGCGUCCAUCGCCUCGCUUGUUCGACAGUUCUCCAAGGAUCAAGGCGACGACGAAGACGAAGAGGCUCGUAAAAAGUUCAUGCUUGUCUCCAAGCGAACCGUUCCACUCCAGGCGAAGAAAUUGGAUUUAUUCGGAGCUGCGCGUGAGAAGCAAACGAGGGAGGCGCAGAGAAAGUCACCUCUUUUGAUGCAGCUCGCUAGAUCGCGCGGGGAGGAGACGGAUAACGUCGGUCAGGUGAUCGAUGACGAGAACGCCGAGCUUCCGAGCGAAGAACGCACGAAGCUCUUCAUGCGUCGAGCGAAACUUGAACUGUCUCGCGACGCAUACAACGAGCUCGUGUCGCACAUCGACAAGGUAAACACUGACGAGUUCGAUAUCCGCGAUUUACUUCGCGUCGCCAGUCGAGUGCUGAAGGCUCCGGAGAAUCCAAAGGGGCUGUACGCCCUGUUCGGCGAGUUCGUUCCGUCGUCGCACAAGCCGAUUUAUGAAAAGCAUCGUCAAGCACUCAUCGAGCGCCAAGAGAAAGUCAAGGCGCAGAAAAUCGCCGCCGGUGGACCCUCGCAGCUCGUCGUGGUGGCUCCACCGAACGCGUGCGUCGUGUGCUCACACCCGUGCGAUAAACCUUUCUUUGCCUCUGCGUGCAAGCACGUCGCGUGUUACAAGUGUUGGCUUGACAAAGUCGUCAAACCGCGCGGGCCGGGCGUCUGUCCCUCGUGCUCCGCCGAGGUCCUCAAGCGUCACCUAGAGAAAAAAUUCUUCUGA